AUGUUUAGACGUAAGAAAGACAAGAAUGAUGAGGGCAAGGUGGAUGCCUCGAAACUGAUACGCAUCGAAACGCCUAUUGCAGAUCUACCGGAGUCGAUCCAUCCUCCUAAAGUGGCGAGCUUGUCGUCCGAGCAGCAAAGCAAGUAUUUGGAAGUGCUCAAGCAUUUCCAAGAUCCCGAGUUGAAAGUGCCCACGGCAGAAAAGGCUGGUAGUGGGUCAGAAGCGUCUUUGGAGCCCUUGAAAUUACAAGAAAAGGCGUGGCUCACGAGAGACUGCUUUUUGCGGUACUUGCGGGCAACUAAAUGGAACGUUUCGGACUGUGUCUCUAGAAUUACGCUGUCGCUCGCUUGGAGACGGCAGUUCGGCAUAGACUGCUUUGGCGAGGAAAACGGCGAUGCUUUGACGGCCGCAACAGUGGAGGUAGAAGAGGAAACGGGGAAACAGGUGGUUCUCGGCUUCGAAAACGACGCACGUCCGAUCUUAUACCUCAAACCGGGUCGUCAAAACACCAAGACCUCGCACCGUCAAGUGCAACAUCUGGUGUUCAUGCUCGAACGGGUCAUCGACUUCAUGCCCACAGGUCAGGACUCUUUGGCUCUUUUGAUCGACUUCAAAGAGCACGCAGACGUGCCCAAGGUGUCUGGAGGCAGCAAGAUUCCUCCCAUCGGUGUCGGUAAAGAAGUUCUGCACAUUUUGCAAACACACUACCCAGAAAGACUGGGCAAGGCCCUGCUCACCAACAUUCCAUGGCUAGCCUGGACUUUCCUCAAAAUGAUACAUCCUUUCAUCGACCCGUUGACUCGAGAAAAGCUGGUAUUCGAUGAGCCGUUCCCCAAAUACGUCCCUGAAGACCAGCUCGACAAGCUCUACGGCGGAGUUUUGGACUUCAACUACAAACACGAUGUUUACUGGCCCAAACUGCUCGAGAUCGCCGCUCAGAAACGAGCUCACUAUUUGGCACGCUUUGAAAAGUUCGGCAGCAGGGUCGGGCUCAGCGAAAACGAUUUAAGAGGCACUCACUCAAACCUCCUACAUCCUGUCGAAUCUGCUACUAUGUAA